CCAAAAUAAACCGGGAAAUUCAACGUUUGACAGACAAGAGAGAAGUCAACACAGGACCUGCCGCUGCAUCAAUAAUUUUGGUAUUUUUGUUAGCUAGUUAACCGACAAAAUGCCUUCUACAUCUGAAAUGCACACAUCUGCACCUUGUAACAACGAAGAGCCAAAGAAAGCAGACAGUCAGGUCGGACAAAGUUCGUUCUCCCUCUUCUGUGAUGAACGGGGGUAUCUGAAUCAAUGUGAAUACAUUCUGCAACACGGCCACCGAAAGGGAGACCGAACAGGAACGGGGGUCAUCUCUGUUUUCGGCUCACAAGCGAGAUACAACCUCAGGGGUAAGUCGCUGAACUUAAUUUUCUGUAUGUUCUGUAAGUUGUGCAUGCGUUGAAAGUCAAUGCACGACCGACACAGACAUCUAGUUUUUCGCCAUCCGGGAAUUGCAUGCAACAACAAAACACUGACUAGUUACCUCUGGCAUUGGACCUCUGUUCAAAUGACUGACGGUAGUUAGCUAUUUCUCGUUGUUUAUCAUUCCAGAUCAGUUUCCUUUGCUGACGACGAAACGGGUUUUCUGGAAAGGAAUUCUCGAAGAACUACUGUGGUUUAUCAAAGUAAGAAUAAAGCCAUGUCCUCUGAAAUAAUGCACACUAUUGUUGUAAGCUACAGACAACAAUAACACCUGCUUGCACACUUGCAGACCAUCUCCACUAGAUCAGUGGUUCACAAACUGUCGGGGGUCGGCAGUCUGGCUUUCAAUUUACUCUUGAAAGUUGUAAUAGUAUAAUGCACAAGGUGCAAUUUCUCUACACACCAUGACAAAAUGUGUAUAAUUGCAAGAAAUAAGCUUUAAACCUACAAAAUGAUAUCCUCCAACAAGAGGAGUGUGAACAGUGUGUCAUGAACAGUGCUUGUGCCCAUAGAAAUAAACAUGGGGUGCCAAUGCUGGAAGGGGGGGCCUGAGUGAAAAGGUUUGGGGACCCCUGCACUAGAUGGCGCUCCAUACCCAUACAUGGGGCGGGUCUUGGUUCUGUGUGUGUUUGCUGUAGGGCUCAACAAAUGCCAAGGAGCUCUCAGAGAAAGGGGUGAAGAUUUGGGAUGCAAACGGGUCCCGACAGUUCCUGGACAAGAUGGGGUUCACAGACCGGGAUGAGGGAGACUUGGGACCAGUGUAUGGUUUCCAGUGGAGGCACUAUGGUGCAGAAUACAGCAAUAUGCACGCAGGUACGCCACACCCUGACGUGGUAUUGUAGGAUUAUGUUAUGAGUGUUUCAAUCCUACAAAUUUAACUAGUGCUUAAUUAUCAUGGAUAAUACUUCCCUUAUAGAUUACACUGGACAAGGUGUGGACCAACUACAGAAAGUUAUUGACACAAUCAAGACCAAUCCAGAAGACAGGAGAAUCAUCAUGUGUGCGUGGAACCCCAAAGGUAUCUGACAGUCUUAUGAUUUCACUGUGUAUACACUUAACAGUCAAUGUUGGUUUGUAUUGAUCACACACCUGUGCCUGUGUUGUACCCAGACCUGCCCCAUAUGGCGCUGCCCCCCUGCCAUGCCCUGUGCCAGUUCUAUGUAAUUGACGGGGAGCUGUCGUGCCAGCUGUACCAGCGCUCGGGGGACAUGGGCCUGGGAGUGCCAUUCAACAUCGCCAGCUAUGCCCUCCUCACCUACAUGAUCGCCCACAUCACAGGACUUGAGGUGGGGCAGACACCAGUUGAAAUUCCCUACUCGCUAACACCCUCCCUGUCUAUAAUAAAAGUGUAGUAAAAUAAGGUAUUUCAUUCCUGCCUUUCUCCCUCCAGCCUGGUGACUUGGUGCACACUCUGGGAGACGCUCACGUCUACAUCAACCAUGUCGAACCCCUCAGAGUGCAGGUAGGUUCAUGACAGACACAGCAACUGAGAUAUACACACUGCAGUGACGGGUGUGUAAGGCUAUGGCCACAGACUCAUGAAAACAAAUACGCAUUCAUCAUUGCCUGUAUUUGUCCAUCAAAAGUUCAACUAUUUUCGGACUAGUUGCAAAAUGCACAAAGGCCUGCAUAUUGUGCGUUUGACGGACAGUCGUCCAUUAUCCGUCAACGGAUUACUCCCAUUGCAAAACCAUUGGCUCAAUCCAUAAUUUUCUGACAUAAAAUGUCCGGCCGCGGCCUAAACGUGAUGACUCUUCCCUUACAGCUCCAGAGAGAGAUUCGGCCCUUCCCCAAGCUGAAGAUCCUCCGGACGGUGGAGAAAAUAGAUGACUUCCGUGCAGACGACUUUAAGAUCGUUGACUACAAUCCCCACCCCACCAUCAAAAUGCAGAUGGCAGUUUAAAUGGGCUUCAAUUAACUACACUGAACAAAAAUAAACGCAA